AUGUCCGGCUUGCUCGGCUCCGCCACCACAACUUGUUGCCUCGCACCUGCGGAUGCCGUUGGUACCGAAAAUAAGUGGGACAAGACAUCCCCCAUCGUCUACUCGCCCCUCUCGCAAUCCGAGACUGGCCAGCCGAGGAACCCUCCCACAUACCCAUCACACCCGUUUCAAAUGGAACAAGUGGACCCCCAAAUCAUCGCAUCAGACUGGCUCUCGAGUCUCCAGUCCGCCCUCGACGCGAAGGACUCAAUCGCCUUCGCCAACGCCUUCCUCUCCGACGGCUGGCUGCGCGACUUCCUAGUCUUCACCUGGGACAUCCGCUCCCUCACCGGGCGCACGAAGAUCGCGGGGUACCUCGGGGGCGCCCUCGAAGCCUCUGCGAUCUCGGACGUGACUCCGGGUCUCGAGCACGCGCACAUCCCCCCGCGCGUCGUCCCUGUCGCGCAAAUGGGCCCGGACGUACACGCUGUCGAGCUCGCGUUCACGUUCGAGUGCGCGCACGGGCACGGUCGUGCGCUCGCGCGGCUCCUGCGCGACGCGGGCGGCACUUAUCGGGCGCUCGCCGUGUUCAUGGAGCUCGCGGACCUCGUCGGGCAUGAGGAACUCCGCACAAUGCCUCUGCGGGAUGAUAUGACGGGUCUACCUGGGCGUGAUAUGCAGAAGGAGAUUGCGGAAUACGUCGAGGAGAUGGAGACGAAGCCGUACGUGCUUGUGGUGGGUGCGGGACAGGCGGGGUUGAUUAUGGCCGCGCGAUUCAAGCAGAUGAACAUCCCCACUCUCGUGAUUGAACGUCUUCCGCGCGCAGCACACUCUACUCUACCAACUUACCCCACGAACUGGCCCGAGUUCACCCCGCGCGACAUGCUCGCGGACUGGAUGGAGAAUUACGUCUCCACGCAAGACCUCGUCGUUUGGACGAACACCGAGUUCGAAGGCCGCCCGGUCUACGACAGAGCGUCCGCCACCUGGGACGUCACCCUCCUCCGCCAGGCACCAAAGUCUCCCUCCACCCCGCGCACAUCGUCCUCGCCACCGGCACCCUCGGGGCCCCGCGCCUCCCCGCCGUGCGCGACAUCGAGCGCUUCCCGGCCGCGUCCUGCACUCGGCCGACUACCGCGGCGGCGCGCCCUUCGCGGGCGCGCGCGCGGUCGUCGUCGGCGCCGGCAACUCCUCGAUCGACGUCUGCCAGGACCUCGUGCUCGCCGGCGCGGCGGACGUGACGAUGGUCCAGCGCUCGCCGACGUGCGUCGCCGGCCGGGACGCGUUCGCGGUGGGCCAGCGCGCGGCGUACCCCCGGACGUGCCCGCGGACGUGAUGGACUUCCGCGUGGCGGCGUGGCCGUUCGGGCUGCUGAAGCGGAUGGCGAUCGCAGGCCGGCCGGCGGCGGAGGCGGCGCAGCGGGAGCUGCACGAGAAGCUCCGCAAGGGCGGCGUGCAGCUGUACAUGGGGCCGGAGGGCCAGGGGUUGUACUUGCUGGUGGUCGAGAAACUGGGGGGGUACUGUCAAGGCGGCGUGUCGCCCGAGCGGUUCACCGGGAAGGGCAUCGUGCUCAGCGACGGCACGGAACUGCCGGCCGACGUGGUCGUGUUUGCAACCGGAUAUAUGAACAUACGAGACGUGAACACGGCACUGUUCGGCGCUGAUGUGAUCGAGCAGACAGACGAGGUGUACGGUCUGGAUGAUGAGGGAGAAAUCCAGGGAAGUUACCGGCCUUCCGGAUACCCUGGGCUGUGGUUCGCAACCGGUACAUUCUCGACCUGUCGCUCUCAAUCAAAACCUCUGGCCCUCCAGCUGAGAGCCAUACAACUCGGGUUGCUUAAGCACGAUGGUACUCGGGCGGGUUCUGUGGACAACAUCUGA